AUGUAUCUGCUAAACGACAACUACUGUCUUCAAUUGGUGCACGCUUCGAGUCAAUGUCUAAAUAUCGAACUUCAUCAUCAUGGAAUAUUGACACGAAUCGUGUCAUUGAAUAACGAUCAAUGUUCGAUGUUGACACAUCGCCUUUGUGAGACAAUCGAUGAAUUCGAUGUAUUGAUCAUUGAUUUACUCGAAACAUCAAUAUCGAAUAUUUGUGUAACAGUCGAUGAAAAUCUUGAAAUCUCGUUUCCAGUACGUUUCGGUAGUCGAAACUACGAGAAAUUAUGGUCGUUCAGAAUUGACACAAAGCUCGUAACGAAUACAACAGACGAAAUCUCACUCGAUCCAUCCGAUUGGAAUGAUCUACGAUUGCUCGGGCAUAAAAUUAUGGAAAACAUGAUCGACUACAUGCGCGACAUUCGUCUCCGGCCAGCGUGGCGUCCAUUACCAUUAACAAUCAAAGAAAUUAUUCUUAACGGUGAUCUUCCACUUCAAGGUCAAUCACCGUGGCAAGUCUAUGAUGAAGUUUGCACGACGAUUCUUCCGUAUAUUAUGGGUAAUAUUCAUCCUCUUUUUUGGGGUCAUGUCUACGGCUCCGGUUCAACGAUUGGAGCUCUAGCCGAAUUUAUAACCGGUACAAUGAAUACAAUGUCUUGGGGUGGUCAACAGGCAAGUAUUUAUUUAGAACGUAAAGUCUUGUCAUGGCUCAAACUAUUGAUGGGUUUUCCCAAUGAUGAGACAAGUUCGGGCAUUCUCGUCAGUGGUACAUCAGUGGCUACAAUCAUUGCUUUGGCAGUGGCCAGAAAAAAAUUUCAUCAACGAACUAUGAUCAUCUACUGUUCGAAAGAUACACACAGUUGUAUUAUUCGAGCUGCCAAUCUACUCGGUAUCAAUAAAGAAAAUAUUGUUUAUGUUUUGACAAAUGAACAACGACAAAUCGAUGUGCAGGCAUUAGAGGCGUGCAUCGAUCCGAACGCGUGUGGCUUUAUUGUCGGUUCGGCCGGUACGGUCGGCACUGGAGCCAUUGAUGAUCUACAAGGUUUAGCCGAUAUUUGUGCUCGUCGUCCGCAUGAUCUUUGGUUUCAUGUCGAUGGUGCUAUUGGUGCAGUUGCAUGUUGUUCACGACGUCUUCGGCCAUUGUUCACCGGCUUGGAACGAGCCGAUUCG